AUGACGGGGCUGUCGCCGGAUUAUGACUAUCUGUUCAAGCUGCUGCUGAUCGGUGACUCGGGUGUGGGUAAGUCGUGUCUCCUUCUGCGUUUCGCGGACGACACGUACACCGAGUCUUAUAUCUCCACGAUCGGUGUAGACUUCAAGAUCCGCACGAUUGAGCUCGAGGGCAAGACGGUCAAGCUCCAGAUUUGGGACACCGCUGGCCAAGAGCGCUUCCGCACCAUCACCUCUUCGUACUACCGUGGCGCGCACGGCAUCAUUGUCGUGUACGACGUGACCGACGAGGCAACCUUUACCAACGUCAAGCAGUGGCUGCAGGAGAUUGAGCGGUACGCGUGCGAAGGCGUCAACAAGCUCCUCGUCGGCAACAAGGCCGACCUGACGGGCAGCAAGGUCGUCGACUACGAGACGGCGAAGCAGUUCGCCGACCAGCUCAACAUUCCCUUCCUCGAGACCAGUGCCAAGGACGCGACGAACGUCGAGCAGGCUUUCCUGACCAUGGCCAAGCAGAUCAAGGACCGGAUGGGCGCCUCGGCGAUCCAGAACAACGCCGCAGGACAGGGCAAGUCCUCGCUCAAGGUCGGCCAGGGCCAGAGCGUCCAGUCGCUCGGCCAGGGCGGAUGUUGCUAG